AUGGAGGGGAAAACCAUUGGGAAAUACAAGACUGGUGAUGUUUACUCUUACCUAAAAGGUCCGCAUGAUGAAGUCAACUGGGCAUCCAUUGUAUGGUCUCCUCAUGGCGUUCCACGACACAACUUUCUUGUAUGGCUUGCAACCCUAGACAGAUGCCCGACAAAGGAUAGAAUGAUCAGCUGGGGAUUACAAGUCUCCUCUCUCUGUCCUCUAUGCAAUGCAGCGGGAGAGUCGAGAGAUCAUCUGUUCCCGGAAUGUUCAUUUAGCUUUGAUCUCUGGUCCCUGUGUGCCCCAAGAUGUGGAAUCACUCCGAUUAGGCAGUGGGAUAGAACUCUAACUCAGAUGCGGAACUUGCGAAGGAACAAAGCUCAAAGACCGCUGCGUACUCUUACCUUACUGGUGUGGCAAGCGGUGAUUUACUGGAUAUGGGCAGAGAGAAACGCCCGCCUGCACUCAAACAACUUCAAAUCAGCGGACUCCCUCUUCUCCACCAUUGAUCGGCAGAUAAGGAAUAAAAUCCAAACUCUUCGGGAGUCAAAUCCCUCUCUUUGCUCAGCCAUCUCACAGCUAUGGUUCACACAUGCUUGA